AUGGUAUCGCCGGCGGCGAGUCUCAUCGACGACAUCGCCGCCGCGAGCAUGUUACAACAGUACAUCGACGUCGACGAUGAGAUUAUCGAGGACGGCGAGGAAGAAGCGGGCGAGGACGACGAGAACGACGACGACGACAUUAAUCGCGCCGGCGCGUUUUCGUUCCAGUCUCCUCCUCUUCUUCGACGAACAAACAGCGAGUACAUAAACAACAACAACAACCAACAUCAUCACCAACACCAUCGUCACCAUCAUCAUCAUCAUCAACCGUCGUUCCUAUCGCAUUUCAUUUCCUCUCUUCCAUCGACAGUUCUCGAAGAAAAAGGAGGAGAAGAUGAAGAAGAAAAAGAGAUGCUGAAUAAUACUAAUCCUGUUCUUCGACGCUCUGUGACAGCCCCUGUGAACGCGUGUAACGUCGCCGCCGCGGAGGAUGCGAUGAUGCAACACACGCGAGAGUAUAACGGCGUGUUUCGCCCUGCUUUUGUAACGCGGUGGUCGUCGUUCGUAGAUAUUGGGGUGAAUAAAAGAUACGAGCUCGGAACUUGGACGACGAAAGAGAGCGCGGCGAGAGCGCACGACGCGGCUUUACUCUUCAUGCGAGGAGACUCCAAAGAGACGAGGGAGAUGAUGAACUUUCCGAUGAGCGAAUACGAAAAUACAUUGAAAGAGCUGAAAGAUAUAAAUAUCUCAGCCACUAGCACGAACGAAGACUUCGUGGAAGCGUUGGUUGAAAGUUCGGCGAAAAUAGAGAGAAGACAGAGCCGUUAUAGAGGCGUGGUGAAAUCCAAAGAGCACGAGAAUAAAUUUGAAGCGAGAAUAUUUUACGACGAGAUGUAG